AUGGCGGGGAUGACACGCUUCGCGGCGCGGUGGCGGCCGGCGCUGCCCGCCCUGCUGCCGCUGUUGCUCGCCGUGCCGGCGCUGCGGGGCUCUCCCGCUGCAGAUGAGAUAUCCCUGGAGAAGCGAAAUUUUUCCUUUUUCUCAAUGGAUUCAAAGGUGCACCAAAGCAUAUCAGGCAGCGGAACACAAAUGGCCUUAGCAAAAAGUACUUUGGAGUCCCCAGAAAGUAAUUUUCUUCAAACGCUUUUAUCAUCAGUUACCACUCCCAUCAAUGUGACUUCAUUUAACCAAGAAGAAACAGUCAGAAUUUCAGAAGGGAGAAGUACGCCGUUGAUAGAUUUCUCCGUAACAAGCAAUGAGGCAUUCUUAAGUGACGACAAAUUUAUUAACCCAUUUCCAAAGGUACAGUGGACUCCUCCACUGAAGUCUUCUGCAAUUUUAACAGAUCAUCACUCAGUUAAUACAGUAGAGUUACCAAGAGAAACAUUAGAAACUCCAUUACUAACACCUUCAUUAUCUGUCUUUUCUUCACCAUACGAUAUCUUGAGAACAGCACAGCAAAAGACUCCACUGAGUGCUGUCCUUGAUUACAUUACCAGUCUCACAGAGUUGGAGCCUUUUGUACCAGACAGUGGAAUACUGACUGCAAGCAGACACUUGCCAUUGCACCCUUCAGAUACAGGUAUUUAUUUCACUCCCGUUCCUUCCGAGAAGGCGGAUGCAAUGUGGGAAAACGUAAACAGAAGUGUAACAUCUCUUCCUUCUGGGGCCACUUCAGAGGGGUCACCUGUCCAUCUCAAGUUGCUGGGUGAAAAUAGCCGUGCUGCAGCAGGUGCUACAGCACAAAGUGGUGACAUUUACACCAGUAUGAGUAGCAGGGCAACAGAAGCUGUCAGUGUAAGGACUGACCCUGCCCCAAGUAUUCCCUGGGCCACAGUUGCUGCAACAGCCAGCGCUGAUUCUGCUUUGUUUUCCAUCAGUCUUCCAUUUGCAGCUUUCCCAGGUCACUCAGCUGCCAUGUCCACCUACUCUGAUACAGUUUUCAAUGCUGGCUUGUUUACACAGAAAUUCUCUAGUACAGCACCAAAUUUGCCUGCUGAUUCAGAAAUACCAAGUCAAUCUGAGCUUGAUAGCGAGCUCAUAAGCCCAGUGCCUUUCACGAGAUCGUACAGUUCGUGUUUAUAUUGUGACUCCAUUUCUCUUCUGCAAGAAGCAGGAUUUUCCCCAGAACACGAUGUGGGCUCAGGUGAUUAUGUUGAAACUCUGUCAUUCACAGCCUCUGAAGUACAAGGCGUAACUCCGUUUACAACUGUAAUUGCCGACACAUAUGAGUUAGAAGAGCCUACACCUGAGAUAUAUGAUACUUCUUUUCCAUCAAGACCAGUUGUUUCAUUUUCUUCAAGAUUUGCAGAAAUCCCUGCUUCGAGUUUGUUUUUAUUGAGCACUGUGGACACUGCUCUUGAUGACAGAAAACCUGCAAGUUCUCCUUACCAUGAGCUGCCCAAUGAGACCUCCCUGGACAUCUCUGCUGUCCAGUUUUCUCUGCCUGUCACAGGAACUGUGUCACUGGCACCAAACACUCGUGUAGAGCAUCCCACUACCAGCACUGUUCUGUUGGAGUCUGUGACCAUCGUGAGCCACCCGGUUGCAUCACUUGCAGUCAGCUCCACAACUUGGCUGGAGUCGCCAGAACUUAAGCCAUCAGAAUCCGUAUUUUUAUUUGAUAAGACAUCUACAGGGGAAGAGCUGUCUUUAAAUAUUUCAGAUUUUUCAUCCAAUCUUUUAUCAACACCAUUUCUGAUUGAACCUAGCUACUUACUUUUGUCAUCAGCUGUGCUAACUUCUCACUCUGUCAUGCAGAGUGAUUUCUCAACACCGUUACCUCAGACCUUGUUGAGUGGAACACCAGUACUUUCUGAGGAUGUUUCCAGCUGGGACUUAGCUACCGCUGUCAGCUCUGCCACUGACUCCGAGGCGUCUUUGUUCUCUGUCGGGCAAACCUUGUACUUUUAUUCAAAUACGUCCUCUGUUCCAAGUGCACAUGUACCUGAAAUAAUGCCAUCAUCAAGUUUUCUUUCCAACUCGUCUGUGUUUCUGGAAGCACCAUCAGUAUUGCCGGUGGGAUCCGAAGCCGUGUUUACCUCAGCUGUACCAGGAGCUACCUCUCAGUUAGAGCCUUCCCCUUCCUCCUUGCGGUCCGUGGCUCCCACCCUGGUGCUGCCCGCUUCUGACACCGGGCCUCUUAGAAGCAGCGUCCUGUUUGAUGAGACAAAUCUGAUCUCUGUGUUUACUACCUUCCCAACAACUCCUGUCUUAAAUGUGUCUUCAUCUCUACUCUCAACUGGUCUGGCUUCAGAUGAGGAUAUUGGUGCUACAGUUGAGGCCACGCUGCUUUUAACAUCCCUCAGCGAGAGCAGCACUCACACAACAGCCCUUAUGACCACAGACCCUGGCGGCCCGACGCAGCAUGCUGAUGCCAGCAGCAUUCUCCCCUCUCCUACAGAAUCUUCGUCUGUGACCACAUUGUUUGUUCCCACACAAUUUCCCUUGACUUCCCUCCCUCCCAUGGGAUACGACGUUCCAACGGGAGCCAGUGAUGUUGACACAUCAGUUGCUGCCAGCACCAUCCCCACCACCACUGCCACCAGCACCACAAGCAGGUCUGGUGUUUCCUUCUCCCCUCCUCUGGUCACCUCCACUCGCCCCGGAGCCGCCAUCCUCCCCUCUGCCACCAGCACCACCAGGCAGCCCUACGUCUGUGACAUCGCGAUUCCUGACGCGUACCUCGUCACUGCUGUGCUGGCCCGAAGAGCUAUUCUCCAAAACAUCAGUGAAUCCAUCAGAGAAGUGCUCAGAGCUCAGUUCAGGCGAUCAGUAGAGCUAGAGGUGUAUAAAAUCUCCCCGAAGUUUGCUUUCUUGGUGACAUCAGGCCCUUUUGUUUACACGGCAAUAGCUGUCAUAAACGUGCUUGUGAACAGCAGUCUUCUCCGUGGUGAGGCCCCGCUGAUCCUCUCCCUGCAUCCUUCUUUCACUGUGCCGGAUAACAGAUUCCACGUUCAGACAGUACUUCAGUUUGUGCCUCGAAACAUGGAUAUUGGGUUCUGCAACUUCAGUCAGCGCAUUGAGAAGGGACUAACAAUGGCAUUCAUGGAGGUGAGCAAACAACACCAGGAGUUCUACAACUUCACUGUGCAGAUACUGAAUAUAACUCUGAGUAGGCCUGGAGCUGCAUUUCGUCAGGGCCCUGUGAGCAUCAUUUUUGCCAUUCGAGAUAGAUAUGGUUUUCUAAAUGGGUCAGAAGUCAGUGAACAGUUAAGAAACUUGUCCAUGGUGGAAUUCAGCUUCUAUCUGGGUUUUCCUGUGCAGCAAAUUGCUGAACCCUUUCAUUAUCCUAAGCUUAAUGUGUCUCAGCUGAUGAAAUCUUCCUGGGUGAGAACAGUUCUCUUGGGUGUCGUCGACCAGCGAAUUCAGGAGGAAGUGUUUCAGGCUGAGAUGGAGCGGAAGCUAGCUCACCUGUUAAACGAGGCUUUGGCCAGAGGGCGGAUAUGGAGACGAGCCAGUUUUGCAGGCAGCAACAUUGUGCAGAUUGUGAACGUGUCACGGUUAGAUGGUGUUGAUAACCCCGUGGAGCUGAUCUAUUUUGUGGAGGAUCAAGAUGGAGAGAGAUUCAGUGCUUUGAAGUGCUCAGACCUGAUGAACCGAGUAGACAUCCAGCGCGCUGCAAUCAUCCUUGGAUACCGCAUUGAUGGCACUGUUGCACAGCCUGUGGAAAAGCUGAAGGAGUCCGCCUCAGAGGCACAGAACAGCAACCUAUGGAUUAUUGUUGGAGUGGCAGUCCCAGUUGCUGUGGUGCUCCUGAUUGUUAUUAUUUUAUAUUGGAAACUUUGUCGGACAGACAAGCUGGAGUUUCAGCCAGACACAAUAAGCAACAUUCAGCAGCGACAGAAGCUUCAAGCCCCCAGCGUAAAAGGCUUUGAUUUUGCGAAGCAGCAUCUGGGUCAACACAAUAAAGAUGAUGUCCUGAUUAUCCAUGAGCCAGCCCCUUUACCAGGACCUAUUAAGGACACUACCCCAUCUGAAAAUGGAGAUGUUCCCAGCCCCAAAUCCAAGACUUCCUCGAAACCUUCAAAGACCGUCCGACACAGAGGGAGAGUUUCACCAUCAGAUGCUGACUCCACUGCAAGUGAACAAUCCAGUGGGAGAGAGACAGGGGAGGAAACUGCAAGGCCAUCAGCUGUUACAAAUGAGGGUAAACCGCGCAGAGCCACAAAGAAGGGACCCCCUCAGAGCAGCAGUGGCAAUGAGCAGCACUCCUCAGCCUCUAUCUUCGAACAUGUGGAUCGGAUGUCACGUUCCUCCGAUGCCAGCAGACGGGUCCCAAGCAAGAUCCAGCUGAUUGCUAUGCAACCAAUGGCAGCACCUCCAGUUCAGAAUUCUGUGCUUUCUGAUCGAGUAGCAGAGACCAACAAAAUUAAUAAAGAGAUACAGACAGCCCUAAGGCAUAAAUCUGAGAUUGAGCAUCACCGCAACAAGAUUCGUCUUCGUGCCAAGCGCAAAGGGCACUAUGAAUUUCCAGUUGUGGAUGAUGUGGUGGUGGUUGACUCCAAAGAACAGCACAGAAUAUACCGCAAGGCACAGAUGCAGAUUGACAAGAUCUUAGACCCUGGAGGAAGCGUGCCUACAGUCUUCAUAGAGCCCAGGAAAAGCUCUCGCGCAAAACGUUCUCCAAAGCAGCGCCGGCGACAUCAGAUAAACGGUAGUCCUAUCGAUGCGGAAAAAGACAGGUUGAUCACAACUGAUAGUGAUGGGACGUACAAGCGACCUCCAGGAGUCAAUAACUCUGCGUAUAUUUCUGAUCCAGAUUUGCCUCCUGAACCUCAGACGUCAUCUUCAGCAGAUCUGGGGAAGUUCCCCGGCCUGCCGUCCCACCCAGUCUCCCAGUACGUCCCACCACAGCCAUCCAUAGAAGAGGCUCGGCAGACCAUGCAUUCGCUCCUGGAUGAUGCAUUUGCCCUGGUGGCCCCCAGCAGCCAAGCAGCCAGCUCCACAGCUGUCACACCACCCGGGGUCUCUGCAGGACAGCCGAGAUACGUGGAAUUUGGAAUGACUCCGCCAGCAGCACCAGGUCUCCUACCAAGGCAGAACUUUGGGCCAGGUUUUCUUCAACCUGCAGAGUUAAUGCACCCAGACCAGCAGCCGCCUGAGGUUCAGUAUUCCUCCAGAGGGAUAUACUCAGAGGAAAUGCCGUCGGUGGCACGACCGCGACCAGUUGGAAGCACUGCAGGUUCUCAGAUACAGCACCUCACUCAGGUGGGAAUUGCUAGCAGGAUCGGAGGUCAACAAGUGGAGAUCCCCUCAGGCAGAGCAGGGCAUGGCCAGCCGGGGGGGCCAGGGUGGCCCCAGUACCGUGGAGAGGAUGAAUAUGCUAGGCGAGAUGCAAUGCAUAUGCAUGGACACCAAGAAUAUUCCUCCUCACCAGUAUUCCAGAUGCCGAGGACUUCAGCCAGGCAACCUUCGGCACCCCCUGCUCAGCUCCCACACAACAACCUUCAGGGCCAGGGCCUUUGCUACACCACCAGUUCCACUGAGGACCUCCAACCAGGUCACUCUUCAGCCUCUCUUAUAAAAGCAAUUAGAGAAGAACUUCUACGUCUUUCUCAGAAACAGACAACAGUGCAGAACUUCCAUAGUUGAUUUAGCAUUCCCUUGCAAAUCUGCCAGCUAUCUGCUUCCUAUGGAAGCAAAGACUUACAGGAAAUCAGCAAUGUUGUUCUCUCAAAAGAAUGGACUUUCACAGCUCUCUAGACAACACUUCUGGAAAAAAGAAAAAAGCAGCAAAAUGAGGAGAGGAAGGAGAGACUGGGAACAGUCAUCAGUGUCAUGGCAAUCAGUGGUAACUAAUCUGUUAAUAUUACGGUGCUCCUCUUCCCUUCCUACCCUCAAUACAGUCUAACAAACAAAGAAAACCUGAAGUCAAGAAAUCAACACUCCGGCAAAAAAAAAAAGUCACAGAAACAAACUCCAAGUGUAGUAGACUCCUUUUUCUAAGGAGGAAGGCAAAGGUUUGUGCGAACUGAGGUGACAUUUUGCAAGAGAUUCCAAGUAUUCUGAUCUCUCCAGUGCUUAUGGGGAACUGGUUUGCGUUGGUGUUCUCCAAGAUUACAAACUGUAUCAGCUCUAGGUUGUUGAAGGUGUAAUCCCACGUAAGAAUCACUUUGGUUGUCAGUAACAGUAGGACUUAGAAUAAAAGGCUUUAUGAACUACUUGUAACAAAACGGAACAAUAAUUGUUAAAGCUCCAUGCUUCCAAAUGGAGCUACCCUCUGCACUCUUCCUUGUUUUCCUUCUGGUGCUGAAGCUUCAAGUGUUCCUUCAUCUUCAAUGUUUGCAAAGUGAAACAUUGGCCUUGUAUAACUAAGAAAAUAUCUGUAGACUCAUUCAGGCUGGAGAAACAAAGCAAAGCAAUCAAACAGAAAGGGCUUGGUAUAUAAUUUGUUUUGAAAAUCAUUGAAAAAUAGGAAAGGAAUAUUCAGCCACAGUUGAAUCUGGAGAAAUGUGUAUGUAUGUUUUUAAUAUAUAUAUAUAUAUUUACAUACUACUCUUGUAAGACCAGCGAUAAAAUAUUCCACUCUGUAAUUUGCUUUGUGGACAGAAACCAAUCCAGCCUGACUGGUACAGGGUCACCAGCAUUAUGUUUUAAAUUGAUGUCCUACAUCAUUGCUUAUGUUUGGAUCUGAAUAAUUUUAGUGAAAGUCGGUGACAGUUUAGAACAUUAACAUAGGCUUAGAUUUGCGGUUUGAAGACAGUUUCUAUAUUUAUACUUGUUCCCACUGUCCCUCUGGACAAAGGGUAAGCAUUAUCCCCAUGGUAAGAAUGGUACGUGCCAUGGAACUGUUUGUUGCUGUUUUUUCCAGAGUUUUAAUUUAAUACUAGCUAUGAAUUUACUAAUAUUUGGCCAUUGCAUAACUGUAACUGAUGUAAUACAUAUGGAGAUUUUACUUAAGUCA